AUGAGAGACGUUAUAAGAGAUUCUUAUUUCGGUCAUUUGUUAAGACUUGUACACAAACCUCAUUAUUUGAGGUAUGCAGAGGAAGAAGAUGGAUUCGUCAUACCGAAAUUCGAUCAGGCUGAAGAGGUGAAAGAUGGUGACAGACAGAUGAUCAAUACCGAUAGUCUACCUAGCGUCAGAGGAGUUGAUCUGCAUUUGGUGACUUGGUAUGGUCCAAAGGACAGUGAGAAUCCCCGUAACUGGACACUGGACAAGAAAUGCUAUGUGGUAUUCCUGAUAAUGAUUCUCACCACCACGGUGUAUAUUGGUUCGGCGAUCUAUUCACCAGCUCUUGAACAAGCGUCCGAGUACUUCGACGUAUCUACUACAGUGGGUUCUUUGGGUAUAUCUCUGUUUGUCGCUGGUUAUGGUGUUGGCCCAUUAUUCUUGUCGGGACCAAGUGAAGUGCCUGCGAUUGGACGCACGUCGAUCUAUAUCAUAACGCUAUUCAUCUUUUUCAUACUCAACAUCCUAACUGCUCUUGUAACGAAUUUUGCCGGGUUCUGCAUUUUGAGAUUCUUAGCUGGAUUUAUGGGUUCACCAGCUCUGGCAACGGCAGGUGCAUCCCUCGAUGACAUGUUCCCAUCGCACAAGUUAGCCUAUUCAAUGGGAUUCUGGGGUCUGGCUGCUGAAGCCGCACCAGCAAUGGCACCGAUCAUCUCCGGCUUUGUAGUCGAACAUCAUGGGUGGAGAUGGGCAUUCUGGGAGAUGACUAUAAUGUCUGGCUUCAGUCUGAUCGUUUUGUUCUUCACUUUACCUGAGACUUCUCCGGACACGAUCCUGCUUCGAAGAGCUCAGCGUAUACGUCAGAAGAAUGGCAAUUGGCAUUACCAGUCUCAGUCGGAAAUCACCCAUGCAGCAUUACCAUAUCGGCAAAUAGUCGUAGACUCGCUGCUACGCCCGAUAGCUCUGACAUUUACAGAGCCCAUCAUCAUCGCCAUCAAUUUGUACACUGGACUAGUAUACGCCACUUUGUACAGCUUUUUCGAGAGUUUUCCCCUGGUGUAUGAACAGGGAUAUGGCUGGAGUCUUGGUGUCUCGACACUGCCUUUUGCGGCUUUGUUCAUUGGAUCGUUCACUGGCUGGGUCAUAUACUGCUUCUGGAAUUGGAAAUGGGUCGAUAUACCUUACGAUCCUGCGGCUCCGCGGCCAGCACCAGAAACUCGUCUACCUACUGCUUUUAUAGGGGCUUUCUGCUUUCCUACUUGUGUACUCUGGUUCGCAUGGACUGCUAUACGAUGUCAUUGGAUAGCACCAGUACUGUCAGGUAUACCCUUCGGUAUGGGAUCGACCCUUAUUUUCAACCCAUUCUUGACAUAUUUGCCAUAUGCCUACCCCCGAUAUGCCGCAUCAGCUUUAGCUUCAAACGAUUUCUUCCGAUCUAUGAUGGGUGCCGGCAUGCCUAUAGCUGCUCAUCCAUUGUUCAAGAACCUCGGUGUGGCUUGGGGUAAUACGAUCAUUGGGAUCCUUAGUGUAGCCAUGAUACCCAUUCCCUUCGUUCUCUACCGAGCUGGUCCCUGGUUGCGUAAGAAUAGUAAAAUCGCUUUAUAG